AAUGUGCUGACUGCACCUCAAAUUGAAAAAAAGAAAAGAAAAGAAAAAAGCUCAGUGGAAAAUUAACUGUGAAAUAACCACAGAGUUGGCUAAUGAUCUACGAGUGAAACAGUUCCAUAGAAUUGAAUGACGGCACAGGUCACGUGAUUUUGGCAAGAUAAAUACUGGGUACUAGAUAUCCAUCUAGGAGUCAGACUGCCUGAUAAUACAUUUUUAUUCGUCACCACCAGCACACUGCAGCAAUGUCAAACUGGAGCCCAGUGAAGCCUGUCACUUCAGGGAUGACGGAAUUCUGCAAUCUGGUGAAGCCAGAGAUAGAGGAGAUGGCUGGAAAAACUUUUGAUGUUUACACUCCUGUAAGUUUUGCUUAUAAGCCUCUGGUAGGAGGAAUGGACUAUGCGAUCAAUGUGAAUGUUGGAAAUGUGUGCGUUCAUGCGAUGGCAACUGAAACUCUCCCCUAUGGAGAGAAACGGACUGUGCUCAGAAUCCAGCACCCUAAAGCCCUCACUGACCCUCUGAAACCCUUCUGAACACAUCUAACCGAAUGCAGAAAAUAGUCUGUCUUAUCUAACAACAGACACAAUGAGCUGCCAUAGAGGAACUAUUGAAAACUGUUUCAUUCCUCAAUAUUAAACUCAAUAUUCAAAUCCUCA